CACGUGGACACGUCACAUGACGCACAGUCCCGCCCACAGGUUAUUUCCUGCAUAUUUCUUUGGAAUGAUGCUAACUGUGGCUAACUCUUACUGCGGUUUAUCUGUUGGUUAAAACGGUUUUGAACGUCAAAUUUUCGUUUUUCUUCCUUGGCCUGUUUUUCAUGUUUACGUGUUUGGAGGCGCCCCCUGUCGUUCAUUUACAGCGGACCACAACAGCAAGCUAAUGUUGGCUAACAUUUGUAGCUGUCAAAAAGGUUUAACGUUGCUGUGACGGAGGUGAACGGACACAGCUUCCAUCAUCUACAGUCAUUUCUGUUCCUGAUUAGAGAUGUAUACACCUUCUCGAAAAGAAUACAUCUCCGUGACAGUCAGAGACCCUCACAGUCACUGCUACAACAACGGCAAACACCGCCGGCAGUCUUGCUGGAGGAAGUGGAAGCAGCUGUCUCGACUCCAGCGAAGCCUCAUCCUCUUCCUUCUCGCUCCGUUGCUCAUUAUCGGAGCUCUUUUGUUUCCCAGCAUCACAGAGCAGUGGGCAGGCCUGUCUGACAGUGAACACUGGCUGCAGCACAGAGAUCUGCCUCCAGGGGUCAAUCCUGUACUGGGUCCAGCUGCUGCUGAAGGUCCUGCUCCUGUGGCAGGUCCACGUGUGGGACCGGUGAAUACUCCGGAUGAUUUUGCAGAACCCAGAGGACCAAAUGUGCCAAUGUUGGCUCGACCUCCAAUUAAGAAACGACCUGUUGAGAGUAGCAGAGGUCCAGCGGGUCUGCACAGAGACGGCAACAUGUCUGACACAGGUGCCAAGGGUGGAGGAGACGGAGGACAGGGCGAGGGCACAGAGAAGAAGGUUGUCAGCAGCUGGAGAGGAGCCAUGAUUGAGGCCGAGCAGGUCACAGAGGUUCCACCCUCUGCUGAUGGUAAAGAAGCCGCAGCGCCCCCUUCUGACUUAUUGGAAGUGGACAGACUGGAGGUGGUACGAGACGCCUUCAGACACGCAUGGAAGGGUUACAAGAGCUACGCCUGGGGCCACGAUGAGCUCAAGCCAAUAUCAAAGACCUUCGGAGAGUGGUUUGGACUGGGUCUGACCCUCAUCGACUCCCUGGACACCAUGUGGAUCAUGGGACUCAAAGAAGAGUUUGAGGAGGCCAAGCAGUGGGUAGAGAAGGAGCUGUCCUUCGACAGGAACGUGGAUGUGAAUCUGUUUGAGACCACCAUCAGAAUCCUGGGCAGUCUGCUGAGCACGUUUCAUCUGACGGGACAGCAAAUCUUUCUGGAAAAGGCUAAAGACUUGGGCUCCAGACUGAUGCCGGCCUUCAAGACCCCCUCAAAGAUCCCCUAUUCUGAUGUCAACAUUGGAAAAGGAACAGCUCACCCUCCUCGCUGGACCACAGACAGUACGUUAGCUGAGGUGACCAGCAUCCAGCUGGAGUUCAGGGAGCUGAGCCGCCUCACCCAGGACCCUCAGUACCAGGAGGUCGUGAACGAGGUGACCAAACUGGUCCAUAAGCUGCCAGGGAAACACGACGGCCUGGUACCGAUGUUCAUCAACACCAACAGUGGUCAGUUCAGCCACAGAGGGGUUUUCACACUGGGGGCCAGAGCAGACAGUUACUAUGAGUAUCUGCUGAAACAGUGGCUGCAGGGAGGAAAAACUGAAGACCACCUGUUGGAGGACUACCUCCAGGCUGUGGAUGGAGUGAAGAAACACCUGAUCAGACAGACGGGUCCCAGUAAACUGACUUUUGUUGGAGAGCUGUCUCACAACCGCUUCAACCCCAAGAUGGAUCACUUGGUCUGUUUUCUACCUGGAACCCUAGCUCUGGGAUUCCACAACGGUCUCCCUGGAGACCACAUGGACCUGGCGGUGCAGCUGAUGGAGACGUGUCAUCAGAUGUACAAACAGAUGGAGACUGGGCUGAGCCCAGAGAUCGCACACUUCAACCUGCAGGCCAGUGACACAAGUGAUGUUUAUGUCAAGAGUGCAGACAGACACAAUCUGCUGCGUCCAGAGACGGUGGAGAGUCUCUUCUACAUGUACAGAUUCACCAAGGACAGGAAGUACAGAGAGUGGGGCUGGGAAAUAUUGCAGAGCUUCAACAAGUACACAAAGGUCUCCAGUGGAGGUUACACCUCUAUCAACAACGUUCGCGACCCCGUCAACCCUGGUCCUCGGGACAAGAUGGAGAGUUUCUUCUUAGGCGAGACAUUGAAGUACCUGUUCCUUCUGUUCUCUGACGACAUGGAGCUGCUCAGCUUGGACAAGUACAUCUUCAACACCGAGGCCCACCCUCUGCCUAUCUGGCCCCCUCCUCCAAAAUGACCUCACUAACUGCUGCUGUGGACAUGAAGGAUUCUCCUGGUCAGAUCUUUUGUCAGAGCUGGUCUCUACCAUAGGAAGGAUUUUUGGUUUGGUUCUCUUUGGAACCACAUGGGACCUCAUGGUCGUGGUUCAAUAUCUGGGUGACUGGCAGGGUUUUGUAAAAUAUGUGAAUCCUGGUGCCUUCAGGGAGUUUUUUUUUUUUUCUUAAGCUACAAAAAAAAAAAAUCUGGAGGAGCACAAGUAGAAUUCUGUCAAAAUCACUCAACCUCCAUUCCAAGAAGUUGUAAAUAUAUUUGAAAAGUACAUAACUUUGUGUGGUACUGCUCGGAGUCAUGACCUGUUUGCACUUGUGUCCCGGCUCUGGUCUGUCAGUUCAGGGAUCACUUUUACUCCUGGCUCCAAGACCAGAGUUACAGUUAGACUGCAGAGGGCAGCGAUGCAACGUUCCACCCGCAGUUCUAGGUCAUGAAGAACCAACAUUGCACUUUUGCACAUGCCUCAUUAAAUGAAGUAAAGAAAAGAAACGUGGUCAAAUGUCAUGCACUUCAUCCUGAGUUAAAUGCCUGUCUAUGAAGAACUAGUUACGUUUGGGUAAGUGUGGGGGUUAAAGCUGACCUUUGUUACCUUUUGAUUUGUUCAGGUCAAAGUUAACAAUUCAAGUCUUUCAGCAGAACAUGCAGAACGCCAGACUUUGGUAGAGUUUUUCUACAAGUGUAUGGAUAGAAACAAAACUUAACUACCACGUUAGAACCUUGAAGCUGCUCUGGAACAUGGAACAAAAAUGGAAAUUCGAUGACGGACUUCUUGAUGGACUUCUUGUUCUCCAGGCCUCAGUUCAUGUCCUGCUGCUGUUAAGAACUGUCUGAGUCGCUUUAGUCCGUUACUACUGAAAAAACAUCAACCCUCUUCAUUGAACUGCUGCUGCAUCAUGGUGUGGCGUGUACUUGGGAGUAUUUUUGUAGAUAUGAC